UUCGCAUUCCUGGAAGCUGGUGGUGUUCGUUCUAAAAACGUUGCCAAUAUCUUAUUGAAAAUUGUCAUGUCUGUUGCCAUUUCAACAAUGGCUUGGUUCUGUAUUGGUUAUGGAAUUGCUUUUGGUGACCAACUUACAGAAACCAGAAAUGGGUUCUUUGGAAAUUCUGGAUUUUUCAUGCUUGGAGGAGGAGAGUCAAACUCACAAUUCUUUUUCCAAUGGAGUUUUGCUGCCGUUGCCAGUUCGAUUGUAAGUGGUGCCGUGGCUGAAAGAAUGAAUUUAUCUGCAUUCUUCAUGUGUUCAUUCUUAAUGACUGCCUUCAUUUAUGCACCUGUUGUCCAUUGGAUUUGGUCCUCGACAGGUUGGUUGUCAGGAUUCAAUAAGGUAUUUUUCAGAGUGGGAAAUGUUGGUGUGGCUGACUUUGCUGGUGGUGUCGUUGUUCACUUGACUGGAGGAAUUUGUGGCCUCGUUGGAGCUGUAAUGGUUGGUCCAAGAAUUGGAAGAUUCGUCAAUGGAAAAGCUGUCAAGAUCGAAGGACACAACAAGACAUUAGUUUUGUUGGGUGGCUUGAUUUUGUGGUUUGGUUGGUAUGGAUUUAACGCUGGAUCAUCCACUCUUAGUGGUGGUUUAUCUAAAAUUGCUGGUUUUGCCAGUACCAACACAACUAUUGCUGGUGCUGCUGGAGCCAUGAUGUGCAUGUUGUGGUCUUGUCUCCAAAGUGGACAAUAUGACCUUACUGAAAGUUUGAACGGUUGCUUGGCAGGUUGUGUCGCAAUCACACCAAUAUGUGCCUUUGUUGAGCCAUGGGCUGCUGUUUUGAUUGGUGCCACAGGUGCUAUGGUUUAUAUUGGUGGAGCCUGGUUAUUAGAGGUUUUGCAUGUUGAUGAUCCAGUGAGCGCCGUUCCUGUUCAUGCAUUCUGUGGUGCUUGGGGAUUGUUCUUGGGUGGAUUAUUCUCCACAAAAUCAAGAAUGAUUCUCCUAUAUUCUCUUCCAGCCGAUAACCCAUACUAUGGAGUAUUUUAUAGUUAUAAUUGGGAAUUGUUAGGAAUUAAUUUGUUUGCCAUAAUUAUUGUAACCAUUUGGGUUACUUUCUCAUCCGUAAUCAUGUUCUUUUUAAUUGAUAUCACAAUUGGUUUGAGAGUUCUUCCACAAGAUGAACUAGUUGGUUUGGAUCACAAGUAUGGUGGAAUGGCCUAUAACAAUGAAGACAAUGUCCACAUUUUCAGUGCUUCCUCAUCAGAAAAUACUCUAGCCAAACAAGCUUACAAAACAGUUCAAUUCGUCCAACAACAAAAGAAAUACUCAAACACGACUACAGAACUAUCAGAACAAUUAGAUUCCCAACACUCUGUCGGAUCAUUUAAUAGCAAACCUCAUCGUCCUUACCAACAUCAACAACAACAACAACAGUGGAGGUAA